UAGGCACUAAACAAUUGCAUUCGUCACUCGUGAUUAGUCGCGGAAAGUGUUAUUUACGAUCCUACGAAGUGUUUGUUUAAUUAAUAAACAGUAAAAACCGUAGUAAGCAAAAAUGGCUAAUCCUGCUCUAAGAGAUAUGGUAGAAGAAGAUGCGGCAGCGUUAGUGUUCCCAAAAGAGUUCGAGAAUGCAGAAACGCUGCUGAUCAGCGAGGUGCACAUGCUGCUGGAGCACCGGAAGGCACAGAACGAAAGUGCUGAGGAGGAGCAGGAAUUCUCAGAGGUGUUUGUCAAGACGCUGGGCUACACCAAUCGCUUUCGAAAGUUCAAGAACAAGGACACAAUUGCCGCUGUACGUAGUCUGCUAGCACAAAAGAAGCUGCACAAAUUUGAACUGGCUUCGUUGGCGAACCUGUGUCCGGAGAACCCCGAAGAAGCAAAGUCGCUGAUUCCGAGCCUGGAAGGGAGAUUUGAAGACGAGGAGCUGCGACAGAUCCUGGAAGACAUCCAGACGAAGAGGAGCCUCCAGUACUGAUGAUUGUGCACUGUGCACUGCAUGUGUUUGAUGCCUGGCUGCCGGCAACGAGUCGCACAUAUGUAUCGUUGUAGGGGAUGAUUGUUGUUUUAAGCAAAGUUUUCUGUGUUGAGUUUAUAUUCUUUGAUAGGGUUUUUCUGGCAUUUGUUUAAUGGACUUGUAAGUUAUUUUGCCACACAAGUGUGAUUUCAGUUAUUACUGUCAUUCAUUGCAUUUAAAAAUGGGUCAGCUGAAGUUAGUCUGUAUAAUUACUCCAACUGAUUUCCCUUAUUUUGUUACAAAACAGUGAAAUAUUUGAUCAGUAAAUGAAACAAACUACUGGAAACUUAAAUUCAAGAAUAGAACAGUAGUCACAUCAGGAUAGUUAGUAAUAGAAACACACAACUUCCGCAGUUUCUCAAUUUUUACCUGUAUUUAACACAUUUGUGAUGGCAAUGUGAUGUUGAUUGGAAUAUUGGGUGCGUAGAGGAACUUUUAUUUUGUAAAAACUGACAUUCCAGAAACAAGGGAUUGUGCUGCUGCAGCAGUCUUUUUCUUUCCAGUUUCCACACCUGUCAUAACUUGCAUGAUUGAAGAACUGUUUUGUUUAUUUCAAUAUGGAUCUUAGCAUCCACCUGUAACUAAUUUCAAAAAGAAAGGAAAUAUUGGUCAGUGGUCUGUCAUCAAGUGUCCAGAUGUGAUCAGUUUCAUUUUUCAGGACAAUAUUUGAGUAACUGAUCUAAUAAAUAGUGGUAACAACUCACCGAAGAGUUGACUUGUCAGUACCUACAUGAGAAAGAUUGAGUUUUUAUAGCUUUCAGAUGAAUCCCUCUUUGGGCUACAAGUGCGAGUCCAAACCCCCUCCCUCCUAUUUUCAACACACACACAC